UCGCGCUGUUUUCAGUGGGAAGGGGUUUCUUUCUCUUCUGCUCUUCUUCUGGCCCAUCCCUCCCUCUCGUUCUCUCUCGUGGGAUUUUGUUUCAGAAGAUACACCAUCUGUGAUCAAGUUUUGGGUGUAGCAACCAUAACACAGCUGUGUAUAUAUCACCACUCAAUCUCAGCCACACCAUCAAGAUGAAAUUCCUCGCCAUCGCCGCCACUCUCUUCACCACCCUCGCCGUGGCUCAGAACCUCGAAGGGCAGCCCGCCUGCGCUACAUCAUGCCUUAUCAGCGCUAUUAGCGCUGCAGGCUGCGCCGCAUCGGACAUCGCCUGCCAGUGCGGGCCUACUCAGGUUUCCAUCGCCGCCUCGGCCGGUCCUUGCCUUCUCGACGCCUGCCCAAUGUCGGACUUGAUCUCGGCCGAGAGCGCGGGCCUAGCCAAGUGCGAGAGCUUCUCUGCCACUGCCGGUGCUGCUCCGACCCGUCAGGACAACGCCGGUCCUGUCACUGGAACUGGGACGGCGACUUCCACCGGGACGUCGACUUCUUCUGCUGGUGCAGCGGCUGUUAUGACUGCUGCUCCGGUGCUGGUUGGUGUGGCCUGUGUGGGCGUUAUGGGCGUGCUUGGGGCUAUGUAAAGAGCAAGGGCGAUAUGGGAAG